AUGUCUUUUUGCUUCCAUCUUACUCCCCUUUUCUCCCUCCUCUUGUCUUUUCUUGUCUUCCCCUUCUUUUCCCUUCCAUCUUCUCCUCCCUUCUUUCUCCUUUGUCUUUCUUGUUUUGUCUUACUCCCCUUCUUUCUCCCUCUUCUUUUGCCUUCAUUUACUCCUUCUUUCUCCCUAUCUCUUUUUGCUCCAUCUUACCUCCUUCUUUUCCCUAUGUCUCUUUUUUGCUUUUACAUCUUCUUUCUCCCUAUAUUCUCCUGUCCUUCUUUUUCUCCCUCUGUCUUUUUUCAUCACCUCCCCUUCUUUCUCCUAUCUUCUCUUGUCUUUACAUUAACCUCCUUCUUUCCCUCCCUGUCUUUUGCCUUCCAUCUUACUCCCCUUCUUUCUCCCUAUCUUCUCUUGUUUUCCAUUCGCUCCCUUCUUUUCUCCCUCUGUCUUUUUUGCUCAUCUUAUUUCCCCUUCUUUCUCCCCUCUUCUCUUGUCUUCCCAUUCUCCCCUUCUUUCUCCUUGUCUUUUUGCUUUUCCAACCUCCCCUUCUUUCUCCCUCUGUCUUUUGCCUUCCAUCUUACUCUCCCUUCAUUCUCCCUAUCUUCUCUUGUCUUCCAUUAA